GCCAUCGGGGCUGCCAAGGACGAAGAAGACAGAGUGGGAGAGGUCCAAGAAAACAUUGAACGCCUCCGCCACGAGCGAGCGGAGAAGGCUCGACUUCGAGGGAAGCACGCCCUCUAUAAGGAACACUUGAAGUUUGAGUACGACAACAUGCUACAUGACCUCAGUGACCUUCAGCGGGAGGAUAUUAACCGUCGGCAACGAGAAGUAGCUAAUAUUCCUCGCUCGAUCUUCCAACCACCUCACCGCCGCCUGGUGGAGAAAGAGGAAACCCAAAAGGACAUGGAGACUGCGUUUGAGGAUAUGUUCAUGAGGCAGACUGAUCAAAUGGGCGAUGUAAGCCUUGCACUAGAUCCUCACCCUGUGCCGGAGAGUCCUGCUGUAUCGGACAAUCUUAACGUUAGUUAUGAAGAUGACACAGAGAUGGCGUCGCACGGGCCUGAGAAAUUUGAAGACAAACGGGCGGCUGCCUUGAAGGAUAUCACAGACGGCUUGGGUGAUAAACAAAUGGAUGGAAAUAAAUCAUUGAAGAAGCUGAUGAACAGGAUCAAAGAUCAGCGAGAUGCGUGGAUCACCCAGAACACGCAAGAGGAACCAGAGCAGGAUAUGCUCCAGCCUCCUGCUACAGUAGAGAGGAGCCCACUGACAGUGCCAUCCCCGCAUGAUCGAUCCCCAUCGCAGUACAGCGUCACGUCCUCAGAGACUGGGAUGUCGUCCCCUGGUGAUGAGGUGCCACGACCGCGUCUGGCCCAGGGCGUCCGGCAGGUCCACUUCGGUGAUGAAGGACCAAGAGUCCACCGCCAUGCACCCUCUGCCACCCCGAAACCACCUGUAUUAGAACCACCCCGACCAUUAGAUGAUGGUGUCUUACGCCACCCCCUGGAGGAGGCCGCAAAGAUCAGGGCAGCGGCCCAGCGACAGAUAAUGAACGUGGACAAACAACUAAUUAAUUUUGAAACAGUUCGAGCUAAGGAAGACUUGGAUAACAUCUCCAUCGUCAAGCACGACACAAGUACACUGGGUCAGCAGGCUCGGCAGCAGAGGAUACAACUCGAGGAGCACUCGAAAGAAAUCGAACGAAAGAUUGCUGAGCUGGAAACCAAGCGAAAUAUGAUUGAGGAGCGAGAAAGCAUUAUAAAAUCAAGACCAGGGAGUCUGUAUCCACAUGAAACGCUCCCUGGUGCCAAUCAACCAAACUAUCUUGCUACGUCUGCUCCUGCUCCUGUUUCAAGACCUGGAUUGCCUGUCCGUGAUCCGAGCACGAGAGCGUAUGACUGGAUGGCCCCGAGCACUCUGCCAGCGCGUCCUGAAGUUUACGCCGCACCUCGUCCCCAGGAGGAUCAUCUUCAGCGUUUACGAGAUUAUCAGCGGUCGUUGCUUGAGCGACAUAAGUCCGCGACUCAAACGCCAUCCACUUCAUUUUCGUCGAGAUCAGAUCCUGAUGCAUCAGCUGUAUCUGCCGGUUAUCUGUCGUCAUCCGUUUAUGGGCAGCCAGGAGGGAGGCCGCAGUAUGCUCUCUAUCCUAAACAAGACCUGCCAAGUGCAGGCCAGGCAGCCCAAAUUUCCAGACCACAAACCGUAGAUACCUCGAGGCAGUAUGGAGCUGUGUCGAGAUCUGCUCCAGUUGAGCCCCUAGGUCUAUUGAGGCAGCCUCAAUCAGUUGAUACCCAAGACAUCUCAAGGCAGACAAGUGGUCUCGACACCUCGUCAAGGGGGAGGUCCCCUGAGCCUGCGAGGAGGACAUGGCCAGAAGUUUAUCCACCGAUUAGGAGACGAUCGCCAGAUCAGUAUCAAGCUCCAGUUCUAACUGGACCAACUCCUGCGGCAGACCUGUCGUCUGCUACUCGUCAAUUGUUCAGUUUCGAGCAGACGUCACCGAAACAGAGAAGUCCACCAAGAGUUAGUCCACCGAAAGUUGAUUCCGGUCAUUUUGAAAGACCGGUGCAGAUGUCGAUGCGGUCUCCUCAGAGCUUGUUGGAGAGACCGGAACAGAGGCUGGAUGAGACUGGGAGGUUCAGCUAUCCACCUGAGGGUGUGAGUGAUACUUCUGAGGCAGCGACCCGUGCUAGCUAUCCAUACCAUCCUCUGGAGGAAAGCGCCAGAGGGACUUCAAUGCUGAGGCGAGUCUCUCCUCAUGUCUCUCCGACUGCUCGCGUUGACCCCCCAGAAUUGGACGAUCAGAUGAAAAUCGCGGAGAUUUACGAGAGACAGCAGCAGAUUGAGCAACGCAAGGAAGCACUGCAACGAGAACUGGAGGAAGUCCGGCGUCAGAAGAAGGAGCUCCUUGGCCGCGCUCUUGAACAGCAGGCGUCACCAGGAGAAAACUGGACUCAGAAGUUACAGGAAUGGAUGGCACCGCUUGGCAUGUCGACACAGGGAUUUGAAGCAACGCCAGAUCGCACACGCGCAAGCAUCAGCUCGGAAGACCACACCGUCGAAAUCGAUGAAAAACUUAUCGAAGAACUCGACCAGAUGUAUUCAGACGAGAGCUCUCCUGAAUCUGAGGCUGGAAAGAGACCUCGUCCGCCGCCAUUGUCGAAGAAAAUUGUUUUCCGUGAAGAUACGGUCCCACAUGAGCUGAGUACGAUUCCGGAAGUUGAGACUCCGAAGAGCGAUAGAACUGGACCAAGUAUCCCAAGCCCUGGAACGAUCGCGUCGGCAUCUUUUUCAACCUUGGAACCGUCGCCGAGGAUUCCUUCUGCGUCGUCGACACCGAAUACAACACCUAGUGGCAGUCCCGUGAAACUGAUCACAAUUAGUAAAGAUGGUGACACGACUAUCUCGGAAUUGAUUCAGUCGCAGAGGGAGACGACGCCGGUUGGUAGUCCGACGUCUGUCCGUAAGCAAUACUUGGAGCGGGGGUAUGAGCCGUCGCCAGGGGGCAUCAUCCAUAUGACGCCAUCUGCUGGGGGAUCUCAAGACGAAUCGGGGCGUAGAUCUGAGCCUUCACGCAGGGCUGAGGAGCUCUCGUACCGGACACCUAGCCCAUCUCUGGUAAUCCCACCGAAGAGGAAAACACCUGUCUUCAAGGAGAAACUUGAUGGGGAUGACCUUCUGAAGCGACUGAGUGUCGGCAAGGGAUCCCAGUCAAUGAGGACCCCACCAGCAACCUGGUCGACUGUUUUGCAAGAUGAGAGUCCUGGCUUAUCUUCUGGUCUGAUCUCGAGCGAUGAGACACGCACCAGUGGUGGUGAAGACCGUUUCUCAAGCCUGACGUCGCAUACGAUCACAUCUACUGACCAAUCGACGCUGCAGGAGAAAUCCACGAUGUCACUUCGCGAGAGAUUGGCUGCUGGGAUAUCUGGUGCGAGUGAAUCGUCAAGUCCGUCCGACUCCCACAUGACCGGUGCAAGCCCGAUGGUUCAUUUAGCACAAAAGAACAUAGAAAUAUCGCAGUACCAGAUUUCUUCAAGCGAGUCGGAGGCGACAGAAACGACUACGUCGUCUUCCAUGAUCACCGGCUCUUCUACAGAAAUGUUCGAGCUGAUGGCCUAUACAACUGGGACAAGCUCAUCAGAAACGCCACAGACCAGCUUGGGAGAGGAGCGUGUGCUCGCACGGAAAUCAGCACAGGAGCUAACCCAGCAUACCAUUACUUCACAGGAUGAUACGACUUUGAUGCCAUCAUCCAGGGCCAGCCCAAAACAAGAUUUGACACAGUAUUCCAUUGCGUCUGCUGAUGAGACAAAGAAGAGUCCAGAAGAACGUCGUCCAAAACAAGAUCUUACGCAGUACUCUAUGGUAUCAACAGAUGAAACUCAAGUCAACUCCAAAGAGGAUUUGACCCAGUACUCUAUGGUGUCCCCUGAUCAGACUCGAGUCGGCCCGAAACCAGAUCUGACCCAGUACUCGUUUGCUUCUGUGGAAGAGACGAGACCAAGUCCGUCGGAUAGAGAGAGCAUGUUGCAGAGUCUCAUCCAGUACACAAUCACGUCCGGAGAUGUUACAAGGCCAAGUUCAUCAGAGAAAAGCAGCCCAGUGCAGAUGCAGGAUCUUACGCAGUACUCGAUUGCUUCUGAAGAUGUAACAAGGCCAAGUCCAUCAGACAGGUCUGAGAAAGCCAGCCCAAUGCAGAUGCAAGACUUGACGCAGUAUACUUUAGGAGAGUCCACACCGUCUGACUCUGAAUCCCCUGGAGAGAGAAGAAAUGUACCUGGUCUGAGAGUAGAGCCAGCAACACCCCUACCUGGGUCUGGUAGACCCAGUUCUGCCGCAAGUGAUAUAAGGAGGGAUACUAUUGGAUCCAUGGAGACGCCUGGACCUCUACAGUACCAUGACCUUACCCAGUACAGCUUGACAUCACAAGAUCGCACCAGGUAUAGCCCAAUGGAUGAGACGGCCAAAACUGAUCCAAGCCCUUCCCACGGGCAGCAAGAGCUCACACAGCACUCAAUACACUCGGACAAUGGUAGCUCGACACCAGAUCAGGCCAGGUUACCCGAUCUGACACAGUACAGUAUCCCAUCGGACGAACUGAGUCCCUACGAGAAGACAAACGUCAUGCAAGAGCUAUCCCAGCAUACUUUAACGACGGGUACUGAGAGUGCGGGUUCAGAUUUCGUCAGUCCCAGGUCUGAUAUGUCUCAACAUGCCAUUGAAUCUGAUUCAUCAAAGAGUACAGUGGUUGAAGAGUCGAUGAGAAAAGAUGGUACCCUGAUGCAGAGCCCUCAACCAGACUUGACCCAGAUCUCCAUGUCCACUGAACAUUUGACUCCCAAGGGUACAGGGCCCCGUCAACCUGAUUUGACCCAGUAUUCACUCAUCUCGGACAGUGACGCCCCACAGCCGAGUGUCAUCAAAUCCGGACAAGGUGUUUCUUUAGGGGAGAUGAUCACGCCCAAGCCGACGGAGAAAGCAGCUGAACUUAGCCAGCAUCCGAUUACAGAGCAGUCGGUUUAUCCCGAGUCCAGUCCGGGCAGUAGCGAUUUCAGCACGCUGACUCCACAGGAUUCUGCCGUUGCCGAGUUGACUUCUGUUAGUAACGUGCCAAGUCCGGACAUGUCGAACAAAAGUCCAGAUGCUUCCAUCAGCCAGUACCCUGUCCCAUUGUCGGACUUGUCUUAUAGUCAGCACCCUUUACCACAAAGUGAUCUGUCAGCUAGCCAGCAUCCUAUUCCGCAGUCUGACCUCUCGGUUAGCCAGCAUCCUGUGCCAGCGUCUGACUUGUCAGCGAGUCAGCACCCGAUUCCGCCGUCAGACGUCGAUGUCACACAAGUACCAUUCCAGACGGACAUGUCAACCACGCAGCAGACGUUGCCGCCGUCCGAUGCAUCAAUUUCUCAGCAUUCUAUCCCCGAUUUGUCAGUCAGCCAGCACCCCAUGACGCAGACUGAACACUCAAUCUCUCAGUACCCAGUCAGUGAGGGAAGUGAUAAAGGUACUCCGGCAACGUCUGUUUGGUUGACGGACGCGUCAAGGCAGACGGACACCUUCCUACAGCGACGUGAUGUUGACCGUCAGAUCGAGAGCGAAUCUUCCUACCUCUCACGGAGAGAACUGUCGUCUUUUGACUACCGACAUGAUUCGGGAUCCGAAUCUGGCGAAUCACAAACGGACAGGAUCGUUGCUGAUACCAAGCGACUGAGGGAGAAGCACUUUGGUGCAAAGUCAUCAGAGGAACUAACUUUCGAGACGUUGUCCGGUGAAGAGUUUGGCAUCAUGGACGAGCCAGAGUUGACAUUCAGUUCCCUCGUCUCUGAGACGACCAGCGAUCCUGGUACGCUGACAUCCGGCGCUGAAGAUGAGGGUGAGCUGACGUUUACUGGCGAGCAGUCCGACUCGUUGUUGUCGUUUCAAGAACAUGAGAUGUUGGCCGGAGAGGAUAGCUUGGUGAGCUUGACUCCCGAGACUUCGGCCAUGACGGAGGAAUUUCCUGAUGCGUCCACCUCCACUCAGGGCUCCCUUCAAGAAGCAUUCGCCAAGCGACGUGAGGCGUUUAUCAAGAAGUCGCAGAGGCGAGUGAAGGAGAUGAAGACAAAGCCAACACAGGAAAAAGCUGGGGCCGAUUCGCUUGGGAAGACGUUGGCAUCUUGGAAGAAAAGUCGAGCUAUCAAUACUGGAACUUCUGGUGGUGCUGCUGCCCCCACGGCUGGUGCAAAGCCGAAGAUCGCGAUGACAGUCAAAACGCAAGAGGACAGGAAGAACUACGAGAAGGAGAUGAAGAAGAGGACGGGCAGGUUGUACAGCAACCUUGAUGAGGUGAAGGGGCGUAAGGCGGAGAAGGAUCGACAGAAAGAAUAUAAGGAGAAUAGGGAGAAAGCCAAGGAGUAUCAAAAGAAAAUUUUGGAGCAAGUCAGGAAGAAAGGCAAUGGAAAUGGAAAGAAAUAACUUCGAAGGACCCGCACUCUUGAUGGACGUGAACAUUUCUCAAUCCUGUCCGUGUGAGAGAUUCAGAAAUCUUUGAGAUUCGACGUGUUGACAUUGGUGUUUCCCUGAACUAAGUAUUGGGUAUGGCCUGUUGCAACAUGUAUCAGAUGAAUGGCUUGGGCCACCAGGAAGAAGUGUUCAAGUUCAAUUAAAAAAUCUUGUACGUGCAUUUUGAAGUCAUUGCAUAAUGUAUUUCAAGAACUUGCUAACAUUUUUGUCAACAGUGUGUGACUAGUUCGAGCAUGAGAAGACAAGUUAUUCUUUGAGUGAAUAAAAAAUCAUGACAUUGUAAAUAGAUGUAUAAAAGGAUUUUAAAACUACUGUACAUAAACAAUACAUUCAAAUGACAGUUUGAUACAUGAUCUAGUUACUUGUAUAUUACUCUGGCAGGCCAGGGGAACUUAAAAAUGUGUUUUUUGACACAGCGUGUACUUAAAGUAGCUGUAGACGCAAUCAUUUUUGCAUGGGGAGUCUUUCAAUUUUUUGUUUUAGAUGGGUUUCUUUUGGAGUAAUGUUGCAGGACGGGUUAUUCAGGGGGGUUUUAUUGCAAAGGGUUGGGGGAAGUUCAACUGGCUCCGCUCCCUUUCAACAGAAGAAAGUAAGAUGCUGAGUUAUUUUUAGAACACUACUGCUAAGUUAUCAGUAGGAUAGCUUCAUCAUUCACUGCCAGUUCUGUAUAUUCUGCUGAGCUAAAUCCAUAUUCGUUCACUGCCAGUUCUGUAUAUUCUGCUGAGCUAAAUCCAUAUUUGUUCACUGCCAGUUCUGUAUAUUCUGCUGAGCUGAAACCAUAUUCAUUCACUGCCAGUUCUGUAUAUUCUGCUGAGCUAAAACCAUAUUCGUUCACUGCCAGUUCUGUAUAUUCUGCUGAGCUAAAAGCAUAUUCGUUCACUACCAGUUCUGUAUAUUCUGCUGAGCUAAAACCGUAUUCGUUCACUGCCAGUUCUGUAUAUUCUGCUGAGCAAAAUCCAUAUUCGUUCACUGCCAGUUCUGUAUAUUCUGCUGAGCUAAAUCCAUAUUCGUUCACUGCCUUUUGUAAACAAUGCCAUUUCAUGAUAUUGCUUUCUCCUUGUAAUGAGCUGGGAUCUUACAGAA